UUCCAAAACAAUAUAUAAAGUGAUUACUUUUUGUUGAUAAUUUUUUCAAACUAAUGAAUUCUUGAAGAAAAGGAAUGAAACGAUUCAAAAAUAGAAUUUAAAUGUGUGAUCAUUGAUUAAGCAUAUAAAAAAAAUAUUUUUUGGCUUUCUUCCAAAGAACGAUCCAGUCAAUUGGGCAAGGUCUAGUGUUUAAAAAUACAUUUCUUACGCAUACACAAAACUGUUUUUAUUCAUAAAAAGAAAAAAACAAAUCACAAACAAAAAUAAAAUGAAUAAAGUAAAACGGAUUGGAAAAUGGGAAAUCGCUGGACUAUUUACUGGUGCGUUUGGAAUUAUAUUGAGCAUCACAAUGCUGUAUUUUUGGGAGACUGAUAAUACACGAAUUCAAGUACAGAGUGUAUCAUUUGUUCUGGGAUUGAAUUUGAUAGCAAGCAUCAUAUGGUUGUGCGGCAUUUCGUUGAACGAAAAACAAUUUUUGCUGAUUCCAAUUAUUUAUUGGACAUUGUUACUAAUUCCAUGGAUUAUUUACUUAUUACUGUGUGCAAUAUUGGUAAUCUGUACUCGUUCCGCUGACAGUGGUAUCAAUGAUCUUUGGAGUCGUAAGAACUAUAGUAUAUAUGGUACCGUUGCAAUGCCGAUCACAGUACUAGCUGUGAUCUUCUACAUAGUGGCAUUGGUGUGUUACGAUGAAAUUAAAAAAGAAAUUGAAAGAAAAUUUCCGCCGCUAUCUAUAGUUCAUCCAAAAAUUCCAGCCGAAAAUAAGGAAUUGAAUGCUUAAUGUACCAUUUUUUAACUAUGCAAUGAAAAAAAUUGGUUUUCAACAAAUCGGCCAUUAUUAUCAAAUAAAGAAGACUCCAAAAAUAUAUUUUAAAAAGAAUAAAAAAAAUUCACGAUAAAAAUCUUCGAGGAAAGAAUUUCAUGUAACAAAUUUAAGAAAAUUCAUUUAAAAAAAAUGUGUUGGUAUAGCAUAAAAAUACUCCUAAACUCGCUUAUGUAGGUAAAAUUGUUCUAAAUCAAUGUAAUCAUAUAAAUGAUUGCCCGAGAAUGAAAGCGUAGAAACACAAAUGCGUAGAAAACAAAUGACGACAAAAUAAUAAACACAUAUUUCGUGCAGAGCUGAAAUUUCGUGAACAAACGUUAACAAAUAUCGCUGAUAGGCGAUUUGUUUGUCAAAGUUCAAAGUUUCGUGUAAGUUUACUUUAAGAUUUUCUGCGUGGUAAACAUGUAACUUGUUUGUUUAUGGCGGUGUUACAUUUCAAUAAGUUGUGAAUAGAAUUCUCGCUUUCAUUCUCGGACAUUCAAAUAAUUGUUAAUCUUAAUAAUUUAUAUAAUGCUGGAGUCAACGAAAAAUGUCAAAUUAUAUGUUAGCAUUUCUUUUCUUUUCGCUAUUCGGAAUAAAUCAAGGAUUUGAAGCAACUGCGACGUAUUUUGAAUGUAAAUCUCAUUUUGCAUGUUCAUUUUUUUACCAGAAAGCAUUUACAAUUCAAGGAAUAAUAGCUACUCUAUCUAAGAUGAGUCAUCUCCAGCUCUGUGAAAGUCAAAAUCUUGUUAGUAUGAAAAAGU